UUCCUUCCCUCCCUCACUCCCUUUGCUCCCUCUCCUCACACAGACCCUGCUGUUCGCACCCAGUUGUGGUUGGAUUUGUGGACUUUAUGCUGCUUGUCAACGCUGGGAUGCCGUUACUGAGCGUGUGAAAGUGCCUGCAGCUGUAGUGCUUGCUAUGCCGCGGAGUCUCAUGUCCAGCGAGGAGGAGAUGGCUCAGAGUUUCUCCGACUCAGGCAGCUCGGAGUCGGACAGCUUGAGAGACAAGCAGCCGUGUGUGGAGCGACCAAGCAGUGACUCGUUGCUCAUCUCUGUGGUUAUCCCUGAUCUGCAGCAGUCUAGAACCAUGAGGUUCAAGUUUGACUGUACGGUCUGGGCAGCCAAACAGCAGAUCCUCUGCACGCUAACUCAGAGUUUGAGAGACGUGUUAAACUAUGGCCUCUUCCAGCCUGCUGUGGAUGGAAGAGAGAGCACCUUCCUGGACGAGGAGAAGCUCCUGCAAGAUCAUUCAUUUCCCACCAGCAAGGACAUGCCCACCCUCGAGUUUCGCUACAAGAGCCGAGUGUACCAGCAUGCCACCAUCAAUGAAAAACAGAUUGAAAAGCUUCAUACGCAGGCCAACCUGAAGAAGUUUCUAGAAUACAUUCAGCAUCACCAGGUGGACAAAGUGACAAAGCUGUUGGAACGAGGUCUCGACCCCAACUACCAUGACUCAGACACUGGAGAGACUCCUUUGACACUGGCUGCUCAUCUGGACAACAUGGUUGAGAUGAUAACAGUGCUGAAGAACGGAGGAGCUCAUUUAGAUUUCCGCUCUCGAGACGGCAUGACCCCACUGCACAAAGCUGUCCGAGCCAAGAACCAGAACACUCUUAAGGCCAUGCUGGACUUGGGAGCGUCUCCGGAUUAUAAGGAUGGCCAGGGUCUGACUCCGCUCUACCACACCGUGACUGUAGGGGGUGACCCCAGCUGCUGUGAGAUAUUACUACGUGCUCAAGCCACGUUGACCUGCCAUGACGAAAACGGCUGGCACGAAAUCCACCAGGCUUGUCGAUAUGGCCAUGUCCAGCACUUGGAGCAUCUCCUGUAUUACGGAGCAGACAUGCGUGUCCAGAACGCUUCUGGAAACACUGCGCUUCAUAUCUGUGCCCUCUACAAACAGGAGAACUGCGGCAGAGUUUUGCUGCUUCACGGAGCCAGCAAGGAAGUGAAGAACUAUCGUGGGCAAACUCCCUUCCAGGUGGCCAUCAUCGCAGGGAACUUUGAGCUGGCAGAGUUCAUAAAGAACCACAAAGACGACAGCACUGUGCCUUUCCGAGAGGCUCCGGCAGCAGCGGUGAGUUCAGGCAGGAGCAGACCUCAGCAGGGUCAUCCAGGCCGGAGCACUCUGGCCGCACCUCGUGUGCUCCUGCGCUCUAACAGUGACAACAACCUGAACGUUAACAAGCUCUCAGCAUCGCCCUCACCCUCACGCUCACCGUCGCCUUCGCCCCUGCGCAGCCUGUCACCUCGCAGGCCCCAGCAGAUGCAGAACAGCUCCAAUGGCACGGUAAAGAGCAUGGGCCGGGGGGCCAGGCACCCCCCGCGCAGCCGCUCGCCCUCGCUGGGCCGCCUGGGAGACGGUGACGCCCGAAGACACCCGCCCCAGCGCCACAGCAGUCCACGUCCCGGUCGUGAUGCUUUCUCUGGGGCAGAGACUCCGAGAUCCAAGCGGCGGCUAUACAGCGCCGUGCCUGGGAGACACUACGUGGUGGUAAAGUCUUAUCAACCUCAGACUGAGGGAGAAAUCGCCCUGUACAAGAACGACAGAGUCAAAGUGCUAAGUGUUGGUGAAGGGGGAUUCUGGGAGGGCAGCGCCCGAGGUAAUGUCGGUUGGUUUCCUUCUGAGUGUGUGGAGGAAAUUCCCAACAAACCUAACGAGGAUCGACCUUAUGCCCGAGCGGACCGAUCGGAGAGGAGGAAGCUUUUUCGACACUACACCGUGGGAUCGUAUGACAGCUUUGAAGCUUCCAGUGACUGCGUCAUCGACGAGAAGACAGUAGUCCUGCAGAAGAAGGAUAACGAGGGCUUUGGCUUCGUGCUGAGAGGGGCAAAAGCCGAUACACCAAUUGAGGAGUUCACCCCGACCCCAGCCUUCCCUGCCCUGCAGUACCUGGAGUCUGUGGAUGAAGGUGGGGUAGCAUGGCAGGCCGGACUGCGUACCGGAGACUUCCUUAUCGAGGUUAACAAGGACAACGUGGUGAAGGUGGGCCACAAACAGGUGGUUAAUAUGAUCCGUCACGGGGGAAAUCAUCUCAUCAUCAAAGUCGUGACUGUCAGCAGAAAUCCUGACCCCGAUGAUACGGCACGAAAAAAAGCUCCGGCCCCUCCGAGGAGAGCCCCAUCCACUGCACUUUCCACGCGCUCCAAAUCCAUGACCUCAGAACUAGAGGACAUGGUGGACAAAGAUGAUCAGCUUUCAGAUAUUGUGGCUCAGAAGAAGAGGAUUGUUUUUCACGUCACCCUAAAUAAAGUGGAGGAGGUCGUCCCUCCCCAGAAACCGGUGUGGGACAAUGCGAAUGUGGACGUGAGGGUCGCAGCUGUUAAACCGCGUCCCACAAGCAGGUGCUUUGUUGCCCCAGAAAUGAAUUCACUGUGCAACAGCCAGGAUAUGACAGCGGAUUCCCCAUCAGUAACAGCAACUCCUAAAGGCCCGUAUUUGGGUGUACCAAAAGGAACCAUCCGCAGACAGACAUCGAUAGGGGUAACUGAAGAAGAAAAGCAGUUUCUCACUCCUCCCAUGUUAAAAUUUACAAGGAGCCUAUCAAUGCCUGACACAUCAGAGGACAUUCCACCACCACCAGCUAUUUCCCCUCCAUCUCCUCCCCACAACAAUGCCCCCACACCUGCUGGACAUGGUUAUGGCACAAUCCGACCAGGCUUCACUGCUCAAAGUCCUACUGUGAACAAUGCUUCUUCAGAAAGACCAGAGUCAAACCUUGGGUCAGGUUGGAGAGAACAAGGAAUGUACUACAGAGAGAACUCUGAACAGUAUGAUACAGAGGACUACAGCAACAGUCCAACUGCUCAGCAGAGCCUUCAUAAGCGCCGGGCCCAUGUUCCCGAGAACCCAUACUCAGACGUUGGCAAAAUGGCUAACGCUGCCCUGUUUGUUCCAAACAAGCCUGCACGGAGAAAGGGCAUGCUUGUGAAACAGUCCAAUGUAGAGGACAGCCCAGAGAAGACCUGCUCCAUCCCUAUACCCACCAUCAUCAUCAAGGAGCCCUCUACCAGCAGCAGUGGAAAGAGCAGCCAGGGCAGCAGUAUGGAGAUCGAGACGACUACACCUGACCACCCAGGCCAGCUACGUCCGGAGGAUAACGUCAGUACAGGAAGCCCUUUUGCAACUGCAAUGGCUUCUAGUGCAGUCAGGGGAAAACGGCUAGAGCUUCACAGGAAUGCCCCAUCUUUCAGAUCUACAGAUGCUGGUGAUGAAGAUGUGGCUCCCACUCCUACCCCUCGUCUGAGACACUCAAAAUCCAUUGACGAAGGCAUGUUUAGCAGCGAUGAGCGUCUGCGUCGGCUCAUGGCUCCCCCUUCGUCCCUGCUCAGCAUUCCUCGAGGAGGGGGUAAUGUCACAGACUUCAACAGCCCAGAACCCACCAUGGUGCGGGAGGUACUCAACACUAGAACAGGUCAGAGUCCCAUCAGCCUGCCAGCUCACAAGACCUACAGCUCAGGGAGCGGAAACUAUGUUCACCCUGUCACCGGAAAACCGCUAGACCCCAAUUCUCCAUUAGCCUUAGCAUUAGCUGCCAGAGACCGAGCCAUGAGAGAGCAGUCACAGCCUUUGCCACUUAAGAGUGACCCAUUAAAACUGGACCUCAACAAGCCACUUUUUAUUGACACAAAACUUCGGCCCAGUGCCGAAGUGAGUUUUUCCAGCACUGCCACCAUGGGCAGGCCACGGGGAGGCCUGCGGAGACAGAUGACAGAAUCCAAGUACGAGACCGAGUCCAAGUUCCAGCUGGACCUGGGCAAGCCUGAGAAAAGGGCAGAGGAAAAGAAGAAUAUGAUGAUUGACAUUGUGGACACAUCUCAAAAGAAGUCAGCAGGGCUUCUUAUGGUUCAUACAACAGAUGGGGUCAAAACUGAGGAGAACAGUUUGCCCGAAGGAGAGAGAGAUGAGGAUGUUUGUCCUGACAGCACACCUGGGGAGCUUCGUGAUCCCAAUCAGCCAGUUCCUGCAAAGCCUGCAACACCAAAGGCUCUCUCUGCUGUGCCACCAAAAACCAUGAUCUCUGUCAGCUCUGUAGAUGAACCUGUCAAACUCCCCUUUGGUAUUCCUCCACCACCUUUGGCAUCUGUUGACAUCGAUGAGGAGUUUGUGUUUGCUGAACCUCUGCCUCCUCCAUUAGAGUUUGCCAACAGCUUUGACAUCCCGGAAGACCAAUCAGGGGCACUCAGUGAGCUACUUAAACAGAAAUCCAAUGGUAUGAGUGGACCAACACUUUCUCCCUAUUAUCCCCAUCUAACCACAAGCAACUCUCGAGAUCAAGAGAUCAAGAGACCAACAGUUCUUACUAACUGCACACCUCCCAGCUUUCCUACAGGACCUCUGGAAGCCUAUGAGCCCAUUAUUGACUCAGGCAUUGAAGUGGACAGCCGGAGCAGCGGAGACCCUCAGCUGGAGACCACGAGUACUGUCUCCACUGUAUCCAGCAUCUCCACCUUAUCGUCAGAAGGAGGAGAGACUCUGGACACUUGCAUGGUCUAUGCAGACGGUCAGGCCUUUCUGGUGGACAGGGCACAGGUUCUGCCCAAGCCUAAAGCCAAGUAUGCCGUCAACAAGAGCAACGCACUUUACAAGGACGCCUUAAAUGAGGAGACCAUAAGCUCUUUCCGGGUGCCCUCCUCAAUCCCCCCACCACCCCUGGGAACUGCCCCACCAGAGCCUCUAAAAACUCCAACACAAAGAACCUCAAAGCUUUGGGGUGAACCUCUGGAUCUGAAAAACCCCCAUGGACCAGAGACAAAACCCCAAGGCUUGACUGAAAUAAACUCUGUUCUGCAACAUGUCAGCAAAGACAAAGCACCAAAGCCUGGGGAAGCACUAGACUCUCCCCCAGGAUGUAGAACUCAUUUUGGAUUGAGAAAUCAGGAUGGUGUGUCCCUCAUCUCAGGAACUCAACCGAACCCCGGCGUGUCCUUCACCAAUCAGCCCGGCCCGAACGUGUCUGCGCCAUCGCCAUGCCGACAGGCUGAGAGUUUGCAUCAUCACCGCCAUCCCUCGAGCCCAAGCAUCACAUCUCCUCCUCCAAUUCUGAGCUGUUCCUCAUCCUCCUCCUCUCUACCCGCGGUGAGCACCACGUCCUCUGUACAGGGCCGUAGUCGCUCACCUUCACCCCUGUCGUUCCUCCAGGCGGCCUCCGGCAAGCCAUUUGCCACCAAGGAAGUACUUUCAUGGACAAAAGAUGAUGUGGCUGACUGGCUGGAAAGCCUCAACCUGGCCGAGCACAGAGACGCCUUCCUGGAGAAUGACAUAGAGGGCACACACCUGCCCAGUCUGCAGAAACAGGACCUAAUUGACCUGGGAGUGACACGUGUCGGUCAUCGCAUGAACAUCGAGCGAGCACUCAAGCUGCUGCUCGACAGAUGAGACUGGGACAGCACAAACCUUCUUUUGUUCUUGAGUUUUAUCUGUUACUCUCUCAUUUUUAUUUUGCUUAUUUUAAUACUUUGGAUUUUUUUUUCCCUGUCAGCUGGAAAGGAUUUCUAGGGAACACUCGUAUCCUGAAGAAAAGGUUCUGACAAGGUUCUGUGUUAAAGAUGUGCACAAAGAUCUUUGUACUUGAAAGUUCCAGCCAGUUCCGGACCGUGACAAGCCAAACACACUGUACAGUCCACACACACAUAUACACACACACACACACACACACACACACACACACACACACACACACACACACACACACACACACACACACACACACACACACACACACACACACACACACACACACACACACACACACACACACACACACACACACACACACACACACACACACACACACACACACACACACACUAGAGCUCAUUGCUGUUUUUGGGUUUUAUGGUCUCAGGCCUCAUGUGAAUGAACUGAAGAACCAGCAGAGCUGGCCUUCCAUUUUCUAUCUUUGCUAAGACAAUUAACCAGAGAAUAUUUCUUCAGCAAAAAGGGAAGGAUCAAAUGUGUCUUGGCUGAAAAGUCAUGCUUUUUAUCUUCCUUCCACAUAUUUGACCGGGAUGUACAUGAAUUUUUAAGAUGAGCGCAUUUGCCAUGCUGUUCCUCAGUUCACAUGUUCACGACCCCAGCACCUUCGCCAGAAACGUGAAGCCGUCACUUCUGUCUUUUUGUUUUUGAUUCCAGUAAAACAUCAGAUAUUUGUCAGAAUGGGUCAAAAUCACUCAAGUCUUUCUGAAGUGUAAUAUCUACCGAUAUCGCUUGUCUUCCACAUUGUGAGGUUUGACUGCAUUCCUGCCAUUCGAUUCAGUCCUUAACAUCCUAGACGUACUAGACUAGAGCGCUCUAGUAUUCCUUCACUAUUUUGACUUUACUUUCCAGCUGUUUUUUUUGUGUUCUCAUUACAAUGACUGGCGAGUACUUGAUUAAAAUGGAUUAAGAAAGCAGAGAUAUUUAUGUAAGGUUUAGUGCAUUAUGCUUGAAAAUUUGAAUAGUUGCCUUCAGAGAAACCCCCUCCCUCGAUGUUUCAGCAUUCAGCUGUUAGGUACGAGUGCACACACUCGAGCCAAUGACCAGAACGUGUCUGUCAACUGCAAGCAAAACGAUCACACAUAAUAAUACUGUCUGAAAUUGUAAAACGGUCAGUGGUUUACUAGCUAUAGUUCUAUAGUUGCUUUGUGAUUUGAAUGCAAGUGAGUGAGUCUUUUUUUUUUCCAACAUGUUGCUUUAGGCAAUCUGUAACUGCACUGAAUCUUUUUUUUUCUUCUGUUCCAGCUGUAUGGUUUACAGAUUACUCAUCCCUGCAGUGCUGCUUUGUUCUUACCUUUGUGCUCAGAGAUAACCAUGACCUUCUUUACCAUGGUGGGGCAUUUUAGCUCGAGUGUUGCAUACAUUUAUUCAUUUGACAGAAUCAAAGUAUGGUAGAAUCCAAUCUAAGAAUUAAGCUGAGGAGUCAAAGGUUAAAGAGCAACUCCAGUGACUUUCAAGGAAAAAAAAAGUCUUGAGAUUAUUAUAUCUUAUUUCAUUACGGCACGCACUGGCCUUGGAGUAACGGUGUGCGACGUCAGUUUACCCAGAGAGGUAAGCUUAUCCGUUCAUUCAUCGCGUUGGUCGACGAGACACAAACAUGCUCGUCAUUCCAACCGUUCACUGUAGGUUUAUUCAUCUCCUGAAAAGCCAUGUGCAAAAAGCCACAGGUUCACUCGGCGAUCGGGUGGUAGUAGUGUCAGAUUCCUUCAGACGCAUUCAACGUUAACCAAAGACGAGCAUUGGAACGGAGGCAGUCGGACACGAUCAUCACAGGAAAGUGUUCAUUAACAGCAGAUCGUUGGAUGUGGAGUUGACUCGAAUAUAUAUACACAGCAUAUACAGUGAGGUGAGAAAGUCUUAGACCUCUGGAAAAAUCCUCUUUCUUUGCAUUUUUUUUUUAAAUUUAAUAUAAGCAAUUUAUGUCCGUUACAAAUUAGAAAUAAUCAGCAAGAAUGUAUGAAAGAUUUUACAAUCCAUUUUAGCUCAAAUCCAUCCAAACGUAGGUAGAAAGAAGUGGUCAAUAACAGACGUGCAUGACAUACCGACAGAAAUAGUGAGAAUCCCGAAUGCAAAGAUACUGAGUCAGUAUUACUGACCAUUUCCUUCUAAAGAUUCUAUACAUUUCUGUUCAAAACUUUUCAAUCGAAACAAAUUUAUGUAGCACUUUUAACAAAGGACAUCGUUACAGAAUACAGCGUUUCACUGAGAAUUUAGAUCACCAGUGAACAAAUGGGAGGCAACGGGAAACAAAAACGCUGAAGUCGCUCUUUAAGGACCAUUCUCAUAGGCUCAGUGUUGGCCCUCAUGCGUUAAACACCGACUAGCAUCGAGUCAGUAUUAAAAUCCUUUGACGAAAUCUCAGUGCAUGAUGUAUAUAAGAUUUUGUUUAACUCCACAGCACCAGCAAAACAGUAAAGCUAGUUAAAGGAAAACUCCACCGUCUAAUGACUUGAAUCUUAAUCUUUGGAAUUAACUCGUGUUUAGUGCAGUUGGUUUUAAGCCAUGCUCUGAUCACUAACUAAAAUAUAAAUGAUACAGUGGCACUUUAGUCCUUUAGUCUGUCCAAAACUCUUCAAAGUUUUCAGAUUCCAUCUUUUAUCUUUUGUUAAUAACGCCGUUAACGUCAUUGCGCUGCACUGAACUCUGGACCAUUGUCGGUUUUCUCUUUAAUACGACGUUCAGCAAAGAAAAUGCAAGCAGCAAAAAACCUGACUGUUAUCAGUUAUGUUUGAGAUGACAGAUUUUUUUUUUCCCCUAUUAAAACACACGAACAUUCUUCUGUGACAUCGUCCACGAACAUCCGCUAACUUCUCAAGAAUAACAGAAAUAAAGCAAAACUAAUACCGUUUACAGAUAAAUGUGUAUCCGGGUGGAGUUUUUCUUUUAGACUUCAUUUAAAAACUUAUUUUACUAACUCGGCAAAGAGAAAAAUUGUCCGAUCAGCUCCUCGUUACCGGUCGGUUUGGGAUCGAUCGAAUCUAAACGCUUCGUUCCAGUCACAUGAACUCAUCACGUACGCCGUUCAGACGAGUUCCAAACGAUCGUGUUGAUAUCACUUUGCAUCUCCAGCAGAAUCGUGUGCGUUUUGUUUGUCCUGGGUUUACAUGUGAACUGAGGGAGGGUAAGAGAAGACAGUGAAACACACAGUGGUGUAAGUAUGCAGUGAAAAAGUGCAGCAACGUGUUUGCUUAUCUCUACCUUAGAGGAGUUAGCGUUAUCGAUCAUCUCUAUAUAGCUUAUUUUAGGAGAAAUAAAAAAAAACAGCACAGUAUUUUAAAGAUUUAUAGAAAUAUUUGAGAUUUGUAUGACAUUUAACUGACUUGUGGUGUGGCAAAAAUUGAUGUGACAUCGGUUAAGAAGCAAUACAAACUCUUAAGGGAAACUGUAUUUAUUUAUUAUUUUUAAUUUAAGAUUUUAUUUUAUUUUUGGGAGGUGGGGGGUUGCCAGUAUUCCACGUACAGUAUAUCGAUGCUAUUUCAAUCAAUCAAGAAUUUAUAUAUAGGUCUCAGUGAAAUAGAAAAAUAUUUAAAUAUUGAGCUAAUGGCUGUCACCUGCUUCUUUUAGAUCCUGUAAUUAAAAGAUGAAGUUAAAAUUUA